AUGCGUGUCGCUGUCGUCGUCCUGCUCUUCCUCACAGAUGGGGCGCUAUGUAAGAAAGUGUGCAGCUACCAGGAUGUUGUGGACUACCUGAACCUGACCAGAGAUAACAGUGUGCAUAAACUGACCCGGCCCGUUCUGGAUUACACACACCCCACCACAGUGGAGCUGGACAUCCUCCUCUACGCCAUCUUGGCCGUGAUGUGGAACAAUGAGCGCAUCUUGUGGGACCCCGCUCAGUUUUGUGGAAUCACUAAGAUUUCGGUUCCUCAUGACAUGCUCUGGAAACCAGACCUCUUCAUCUAUGAGAUGAUACAGAAGGACGACUCCCCUCAGAAUCCAUACAUGAUCGUGUCCUACGAUGGGACGGUCAUCUCCGAAGAGGACAUGAGGGUGGUCAGCACCUGUAAGAUGGAUGUCCACAAGUUCCCCUUCGACACGCAGAAAUGCAACAUCUCCGUCGGCUCUGCUGUUCACUCUGUUGAUGAACUUCGCAUCUUCCCUUCUUCCAACUCGUCUCGGGCCACGCAGUUCUCCAGGGAGGUGAUGAAGACUCAAGGAGAGUGGGAGUUCCUCCAUCUGUCCGUCGCCAGCUACAAUUUCACCUACGACAGCAAACAGUGGGAACAGCUCAUAUACACAUUCACCAUGAAGAGGAGACCCCUCCUCCAUGUCAUCAACUUCCUGUUGCCCAUCCUGUUCUUCCUGUGUCUGGACUUGGCCUCCUACUUCAUCUCCGACCAUCGAGGGGAGAAGUUGGGCUUCAAAGUCACCGUACUGCUGGCCAUCUCCGUGCUGCUACUCAUCCUAAACGACAUCCUGCCCUCCAUGUCCAACAAGACUCCGCUCAUAGCGACCUACUGCAUUGUGAUUUUUGCUCUGAUGCUGCUCAGUCUCCUGGAAACAAUCUUGGUUACGUAUCUGAUGGAGAAAGACUCCCAGGAGAAGCUCAAGCUCGGGGACGAUUGGGAGGACAAGCAGGAAAAAGUAAAAAUUGACAAUUCUAACACAGAGGAUAAAAGACAGACUGGCUGUUCCUGCAUCUGCAAAGUUUCCGACGGUGAGAAACAACAUGAACUGCUGCCGGUGGCUGAAGAGGUGGACAACAUCGUGCAGACAGGUGAGUCUCAUGUGUUACUGCUGAUCCUGGAGGAGCUGAAAGACCUGCAGAAAACUGCAAAUCUGCACCUCAGCUGCAGAGAGGAGGCAAGGAGGUCUUCCCACUGGGCCACAAGAAUCAACAGAGCUUUCUUCAUUUUCUACGUCGUCGUCGUCUCGACUUUUCUAUCCCUCAUCUUCAUGGAGUGGAACAGUUAAAUUUAUACCCUCUGGAGUCCAGGUUCAUUUUCGGUUAACUUUUGCCCGCUUAUGCAUUGAUUUUCCUCUUUGUUUCUUAAACUGCCCUUCCCGCACAAGCAUAGUGGUUUUUUUUUUCUUCAACACAAACUCAGAUAUAUAUCUACCAGGAACUUAUAUUACGAGAAAAAUGGCACAA